AAAGCGAUAAUUAUAUGGUCAAACUUACCAACCAGAUCUCGCUCGGAUAACCACCUUAGCAUCCAAACCACUCGGAGAGCAAGCUCACAUCAUGCCCGUUGAAAAAGGAUCCAGUAUCGUCAAGCUUUCGCUUCCUUCGGGAGAGUCUGCCGAGAUCUACUACUACGGCGCUACCUUGACUUCGUGGAUCGCUGGAGGAAAGGAGAGGCUGUUUCUGAGCAGCAAGGCCGCUCUUGAUGGUUCCAAGGCUAUCCGAGGAGGAAUCCCCAUCUGCUGGCCCAACUUCGGUCCUCCUCCUUCUGCCGACGACGAGACCUUGGUCUAUCACUCGAAGCUCGCUCAGCAUGGGUUUGCCAGGAACCAGACUUGGACCCUCGACAGCGUCGUCAUGGACCGACCCGAAGGCGUCUCAGUCAGGUUCACCCUCGACCCUACCCCUUCGAUCAUCAGCAUCUUCCCUUACCCGUUCCACCUGUCCUACGUCGUUACCCUGACCAAGCACGAACUCUCGACCGACCUCCACGUCGUGAACCCGUCCGCCAAGGACUCUCUCCUCGCCGCUGCUCAAACCGUCUCGGACGCCGUGACUUCGGCCUUGCCCACCGCUGUUACCGGCUCGGAGUCCAAGCCUCAGGACAAGGGAUUGAGGUUCCAGACUCUCUUCCAUACCUACCUCGCCGUCUCGGACUCGAGCACCGUCAAGGCCCAGGGACUCCGAAGCGGCUUGAACUAUGUCGACAAGAUCAAGGGCGGCUCGAAGGAGGUCUGGGAGGGUGGAGAUCUCAAGUUUGAUCAGGCCGUUGACCGAGUCUACUACGGCAAGGGCAAGGACGACAUCGUCCUCGUCGACGGACAGGACAAGUUGACCGUGCACUCGGUCGAGAUGCCAGACAUCACCACGUGGAACCCGGCUGAAGGUGCUGCCAAGAUCGCCGACAUGGAAGAGGGCGGCGAGAAGCGUUACGUCUGCCUCGAGCCUGGCCGGGUCGACGGUCACCACACCUUGCAGCCCGGUCAGGAGCUCUUGAUGCAGCAGGUUUUGAGAAUCGAGUAGGAUGUGGCUUGCUCACAGCGCUGAAUCGCACCGCGAUAGACUGCGAAAUUCCAUUGAUGUAUCCGGAACAUCCGAGAACCGAAUCUCGUUAGUGAUGAAUCGUCCCACCAUAUGCAUGACAUCGCAUCGUGCAACAUGCUCCGUAGCCGGUCAACAUGAUUAUG